GGCUCCAAUCCGGUUCCAUCCGGUUCUCCCACCGCCCCCGCGGCGGGUCGCAGCAUUUCGCGCGCGGUGGAGGCCAGGCAGCGCAGCUCCGCGACGGGUCCGGCAUCGCACGCGCCUCCCGCCCAGCGCCGCCACGAUGCCCAAGAGGAAGGUCAGCGCGGAUGGAGCGGCGAAGGCGGAGCCCAAGCGCCGCUCCGCGAGGCUGUCGGCCAAGCCCGCCCCUGCCAAGGUGGACGCGAAGCCAAAAAAGGCUGCGGGGAAGGAUAAAUCAUCAGACAAAAAGGUGCAAACAAAAGGGAAGCGGGGAGCAAAAGGCAAACAGGCCGAAGUGGCCGCCCAGCAAACCACAGACCUGCCUGCAGAGAACGGGGAAACGGAGAACCAGAGUCCAGCCUCUGAAGCAGAAGAGAAAGAAGCCAAGUCCGACUAACCAUCCAUCUUGUCUGUCAGUGGUCCCUGCCUCCCUUCUUGUACAAUCCAGAGGAAUAUUUUUAUCAACUAUUUUGUAAAUGCGAGUUUUUUAGUAGCUCUAGAAACAUUUUUAAAAGGUGAGAGGAAAUCUCACCUCAUCCCAUUUUUUAAGUGUAAAUGAUUUUUUUAAGAGGUUAAAUCAUUUGCUGGUUGUUUAUUUUUUGGUACAACCAGAAAAUAAAAUGCUGAAUCAGGAGAGGCUGUGACUGUCUCGGGGGUCACCAUAACAUUCCGUAGAGGGGGCUAGUUUUAUAUUCUACAGCAUAAAGCAUACUAAGUGGUAAA